UAUUCCAUAGGUAAAGCCUUUCUAGUAGUAUAAGGUCUAUGUUCCUUCUUGAAUUCACACAUUUUAAGUUAUUAAAAAAUAAAUUACAUUUUUCAGAGAUGAAAGAAUGUUACAUUUUUUUACUAUAGAGGAUUCUCCUCCUACUAAAGAACGUGGUAUAUUUGGUCCUGUAAGUUUUAUAAUAAUUACAGUGCCCCAUUUAUUACAGAAUUGUUUUUAUUCAUAGGCACUACGAGAUUCUGAAGUAAGAUCUAGUGGGGUUUACUGCCUUGAUGUAAAUGAAUGUUUUGGCCCAAAAGUCCAGAAAGCCAUCUAUUCCCCUGUAGAAGAAUUAAAUGAUGAACAUGCAAUUCCUCAAAAUGCUAAGAAACCUAAAAUGGAAGAAUUAAAAUCGGAUCAUUUAGAUCUUGGUCUAGGUAACACACAACUUACAAUAGCUGAGAUCCGCAAAAGUGUAAGGUGAGGAAUAUAAAUUCAAAUUAAUGUACUACUCUAUAAUUUUAUUACUCAACUAACAUUAUUCACUUUGCUUAUAAUAACUCAUAUUAUUGACACAGUUUGUUACAUAAUAGUUCCAUAUUUUUUAUUUAUAGUGCAUUGGAAAAGAUAUUAAAACGCUAAAAUUGAUAGUUGCAAACACAGAAAGAAAAAGAAGAUGGACUCAAAAUAUUUUCAAA